CACAUUAAGAAACUAAUAUCUAGUUCCAGUUUCCAUGCAAAUUAAUGAGAAUAAAUAGUGGAGCUCUCAAUCACAAAAUUUUCCAACCAAACAAUGAAGUUUUCUCUAUUACUCCCUCUUUCCCUUGCCUUUAUCGCUGUAUGUUCAUCAUCUUCAGUAUGGCCUUCAGCUUCUUCUCAUGUAAACCACGAAGAGUUUCUUCAAUGUCUUCUCCAUCACUCUCCACAUUCUAAAUCCAUCGCCAAACUUGCUUACACUCCCAUCAACACUUCUUACUCAUCAGUCUUGAACUUCUCCAUUAGAAACCUCAGAUUCUCAAUUCCCAACACCCCAAAGCCACUCUUCAUCAUAACCCCUACAAAUAUUUCCCACGUUCAAGCUGCCGUAAUUUGCUCCAAAUCGCACGGCCUUCAAAUCCGAAUCCGAAGCGGUGGUCAUGACUUCGAAGGUCUAUCUUACGUCGCCUAUCACCCAUUCAUCAUAGUUGAUCUUAUCGAUCUCAGUUCGGUUACCAUCGAAGUCAAACAAAGUACUGCAUGGGUUCAGUCAGGGGCUACUCUAGGCGAACUUUAUUACAGAAUUGCUGAGAAAAGUCGAACCUUGGCUUUUCCAGCAGGUAAUUCUCCAACUGUUGGUGUUGGUGGGCACUUCAGCGGCGGUGGAUUCGGGACGUUGCUAAGGAAAUAUGGUCUUGCAGCGGAUAAUGUGAUAGAUGCUUAUUUAGUUGAUGCAAAUGGAGUGUUUCAUGAUAGAAAGUCAAUGGGGGAGGAUUUGUUUUGGGCCAUUAGAGGCGGUGGCGGAGGGAGCUUUGGAAUCGUCGUGGCAUGGAAGGUGAAGCUGGUUCCGGUUCCGGCUACGGUUACAAUUUGCACAAUUAGCAGAACUUUGGAGGAAGAAGCAAUCAAGCUUGUAGAUCAGUGGCAAUAUGUGGCCAACAAAUUGGAUGAAGAUCUAUUUCUUGGCAUCAAUUUGCUUGGUGGAAAAAUUUCAGCUCAAGGAGACAAAAUAAACCCAAUAGCAUUAUUCUUCUCUUUGUUUCUUGGAAAGGCAGAUGAACUUAUGGCAAUCCUAAACAAAACAUUUCCCCAAUUGGGUUUAACAAAAGAAGAAUGCAAAGAAACAAGUUGGAUUGAAUCAGUUGUUUAUACAGGCAAUGGGCUUCAAAUUGAAGAUCAACCCUUGGAAGUUUUGCUCAAUAGAACACCUUUAGCCACUGGAAACAUCAAAAUGAAAUCUGAUUAUGUUAAGGAACCCAUCCCUAAAGCUACAAUUGAGGAAAUAUGGCAAAGAUUAGAAUCUCAAGAUAUAGAAGGAGCAAACCUUGUAUUUGUCCCAUACGGAGGGAGGAUGAGUCAAAUUUCAGACUCGGAAAUUCCUUUCUCGCAUAGAGCUGGAAAUCUAUACAAGAUUGGCUACCUUACUGGAUGGUUUGAGCCAGGUGUGAAUGCAGAGAAGACACAUCUAAAUUGGAUACGAGAUAUUUAUGGUUACAUGACUCCUUUUGUUUCAAAAUCUCCUAGAGCUGCAUAUGUCAACUAUAGAGACCUUGAUAUUGGAUCAAACAGUAAGUAUGGAAAGACAAGCUACAAGCGAGCUCGUGUUUGGGGUUUAAAGUAUUUUGGUAACAAUUUUAAUAGGAUGGUAUAUGUUAAAAAUAAAGUGGAUCCUUACAAUUUCUUUAGGCAUGAACAAAGCAUACCCGUUCUCCUUAAACAUAAAAUUUAGUAAUGUUUGAAGGAUAUGAGCUUGAGGAUGUAUUUGGUUUUAUGUCUAUUCUAAACUAUGUCCCAACCAAUUAUUGUGGUAACAAAUUAAAGUAAGAGCUUUGUAAGCGUAUGUCUGCCUAACUACACCUUUCUAUCUGAUAUCUGCAAUCACAAUAAAUGAAUUAUUCUUGUAGCUUGUUACUUAA